AAACAAACACAUCACACCUCACAAUACUCCACUUUGAAUGGAUAGUCCAUCUGUAAACUUAAAAACCAACACAAGGGAGGGGACUACUAUCUAUCAUCCGUACUAUAACAUAACAUAACAUAACAUAACAUAACAUCAAUCAAUAAUAAUCAUCCACCAAUAUGGACACCUAUUUGAAAGAAGAUCCCGAGCUCAAGCGCCAAAUGGGCGCACUGGAGGGUGUCUCUUCCAAAGCUGCCUUUGCCGAUUGGAAGGCAUCCUUUCUGGCCGCCAUUCAACAGUUUUUGGAUCAAGAUGGGAGCAUCAAGGCAGAAGAAGCCUAUCGCAAAUUCAACAAGAGCAUUACCAGUUUGGAAAAGAUUAAUUCCAAAUUACAGUCAUCCAUUGAUGAUGGCGGACUUUCGGUAGACCGCAAUCCUUCCGUCAAAGCUCGCAAGGCACUCAAUGAAUUGGGUGCCAAACUCGAGUCGAUUGCCGAUGCCUUGCAACUCUUAUUGCCGGGAAACAUGGCGGAACAGGUCGAAUACACGAAUUUUCACAUGGGCGCCAUUUUGAUUCGCGAAGGUUUUUCGUCGUAUGCCGCACUCGAUGCGGCCGAUCAACAUUUGCAACAAUUAAAACAACAUCCCGCCCUGGCAGCCGCGGCCGAUCGACAAUUGAUGGAAUCGAUCGAACGCUAUCGCGAACGCUUGCAGGCAUUUUGUACCAUCAUGGCCGAUUUGGGAAUUAUGAAAAUCUGUAAUAAAGCGCAAGAAGUCAAACAGAUUACGGAUGAACCCGAUCCGGUAGAGAAUCUAGAAGCGUUUACACCGGCCAUUGCGGAAGAACCCGCGGAGGGUCCCAAAAAGAAAUGGACACCACCACCCAAACAACCUGCCAAAAAGAAAGAAACUGCCAAAAAGGCUGGCAAAAAGGCAUUGCCUCGAGUUCGCCGUAGCAGCAAAGACGAAAUCGCAGCUGACGACGAAGCAAAGGAACCAGGUGACCAGAAAAAACCAAAGACAAAAAAACCUCCCGCUCGAGCCAAGAGUAUGCCCAUGCCCGAACCGACGGCCGAAGUGAGCAUUACGGCCAAACACAAAAAGCUCAAAGAUUUGGAAGAACCCGAUCCGACCUCCUUCAAACGCAAAAUCAUUCGUAAAAAGGGACAGCGACCGUCGGUCGCCGACAAGAAAGACACGACACCCGAUCUCGAACACACGGCCGCACCGACGUCACCGAAACGAUUUAGUACCAACGAUAGUCGCGGCUGUGGACGACGAUUGUCGCAAGAAGAAGCCAAAGAAAAGAAACUACCCCGAACCAAGAGUAUGCCCAAUCCCAAAUUGGAGGCACUGGGAGACGAUGACGGUGAAAAGGGGGAUUCCCAAGAGCAGAGUGACAAACAGGUAGAAGGGAAACCCAAGGAUCCACCCGCCAAGAACAAAAAGGGAAAGGAAAAUACGGCCAACGCCGCUCCAGCUCCAAAGAACGGACAACAGCCACCGCCCAACAAGGGACCCUCCAAGAGUACCACGGUGAUGCAAGAACCCGCCGCACCGCCCCCGGCACCCGCCAAAAAAGCAGACACCAAAGUCACCAUUACCGUGUAUUUCAACGACAAACAGCAAGAACACAAAAUUCAACUCCAAGUGGACGUGAAAAAGGAUACACUGAAAAGCUUAAAGGCACAGUUGGAACCCAAAACGGGGUUGAAACCGGAACAACAACGCAUCUGCUUGCGAUUUCUUGGCAACGAAUUGACCGGGCCCAAACCAUUGAGCUUUUAUUCCAUCAAGGACGAAUCGGAACUGGAUCUGGAUCCCAAAACCAUUGCCUUGUUGGUCCAAUUGCCCAACAAGACAUUCACCAUGGAAGGGGUGGCACCCAACUCCGAUACCAUUGAGCAAUUGAAAGCGCGAAUUGAAACCGAAUCGGGUCUGGCGGCGGCACGACAAUCCUUGUUUUUUAAGAAUAACGAAUUGCCGCCCCGGAAAACCGUCAAGGAAAUGGGGAUUCCCAAUGGAGCUCAAAUCAAGGUGGAGCUCUUUGCCAAAGUUCCCGUUACCAUUCAUCUUGUAUUGGAGAAUCGAAAAGUGCAGCUGAUGUUGGAUUUGACCAAAGACAAACUCGACGAUCUCAAGACACUUAUUGAAACCAAAACCAAGGUGCCCAAAGACAAUCAACGGUUGUUUGCCAACAAGGAUUGCAAAGACGAACUUAUUGGGUCGAGUGGUGGGGAAGAAAAGAGAAAAUCACUCUUGAAGAGCAUGUCCUUUCGGAAAAGUAAUUCGUCCAAGAAAACCUUUUGUCGCGAUUUUGGGAUUCAAGAAGGAUCGGAACUCUACAUGGAACCCAAAGUUAUCAAAGUGACCAUUGUCAUGCCCGACGGGAAAUCCUACAAACCGUCACUCCCACCCUCGUCGGACAUGAGUGUGAUGAUCAAGGCCCUAGCGGAACUUACCAAAUCCAAAGACUUGGCGGGGAAGAAUCCAGUGUUCAAACUCGGGGACAAGGCAUUGCCCAAGGGAAAGACAUUGAAGGAUGCGGGGAUGCGAGAGGGGUCCAAGGUGAAGCUGGAACUAACUAGUAAAUAAAUAAAUAAUGAUACAUAUAGAAGGACAACAUUACAUGC